GUCUCAGCAGCAGCAGCAGCAACAGCAAGACCAGCAGCAACAGCAGCAGCGGCAGCAGCAGCGGUCUCCGGGAGCCUUCUCCCCUUUAAACGGCAGCAGUGAAGGAGUACUGCAGCAGCAGCAGCAUAAGCAGCAGCCACUGCAGCGGCAGCAGCAGCAACAGCAGCAGCAACUGCAGCGGCAACAGCAGCAACACCAAGGCAUAUUCAUCAACGCUGCAGCAGACGGCCUAUACAGCAUUUCCUAUAACAACAGCAGCAGCAGCAGCAGCGACAGCAGCGACAGCAGCAGAGUUUUACUCCCCGAACAGCAGCAGGAGAGGGCAAAGGGGAAUCACGGGCAGCAAAGGCAGCAGCAGCAGCAGCAGCAGCAUUAG